AUGUCCGGCCGAGGCAAGCAGGGCGGUAAAGCGCGCGCGAAAGCGAAGUCGCGCUCCUCGCGCGCAGGCUUGCAGUUUCCUGUGGGCCGAGUGCAUCGGCUGCUCCGCAAAGGUAACUAUUCCGAGCGUGUGGGUGCUGGCGCGCCUGUUCAUCUGGCAGCAGUGUUGGAGUACCUGACAGCUGAGAUCCUACAGCUGGUGGGCAACGUGGCGCGCGACAACAAGAAAACGCGUAUUAUCCCACGCCAUCUGCAGUUAGCCAUCGGUAACGACGAAGAGCUCAACAAGCUGCUGGGCCGCGUGACCAUCGCGCAGGGCGGUGUCCUGCCCAACAUCCACAGGGGGCUGUGUGUUCAUUUGCUGCAGCCCAUAGGGGAGGAAGAGAAUGCUGAAGAAAAACAAGGGAGCGGUACACGGAGAUGCAUCACACGCAAUGACGCCCACCUGAACCCAGACCUGAUGCCCACCCUGAUCCAACUCAGACCCACUUGGUCUCCGAGCAACCCUGCGAGCUCCAAGACGCCAGCCUGUGAGGCCAAGCCCUGGCAUGCCGAAAAUAAGGGGCAGGCGCCCAUGUUGUAUGCCUCCGUGGACCAAUCAGAGCCUAGCCUGCCCUCACGCCCCCCCAGCAAUUGGCCAAUGGGAAGGCUACACCCUCUAUAA